AUGUCGGAAAAGCUGACUCGAAUUGCCAUCGUGAACAGCGAUAAAUGCAAACCAAAGAAAUGUCGUCAAGAGUGUAAGAAGUCAUGCCCAGUCGUGCGAACAGGAAAGUUGUGUAUUGAAGUUACAUCUGAAUCCAAAAUUGCGUUCAUAUCUGAGAGGCUGUGCAUUGGGUGUGGUAUUUGCCCAAAAAAAUGCCCCUUCGGCGCAAUCCAUAUUAUCAAUCUUCCAACGAACCUGGAGACUCAGGUAACGCACCGAUAUUCGGCAAAUAGCUUCAAACUUCAUCGUCUGCCUAUGCCACGGCCUGGCCAGGUGCUUGGUUUGGUUGGAACAAAUGGUAUUGGGAAAAGUACUGCUCUUAAAAUACUUAGCGGCAAAUUGAAACCCAACCUUGGCCGGUAUGAUGACCCUCCUGACUGGGAGGAAAUUCUUAAAUAUUUCCGUGGAUCUGAGCUUCAAAACUAUUUCACAAAAGUUCUUGAAGAUGACCUUAAAGCUGUUGUGAAACCACAAUAUGUUGACCAAAUCCCCAAAGCUGUUAAAGGACCCGUGAAAUCAGUAGGGCCUCUCAUCAAGACUAGAUCUCAGAUGGACAAUAUGGAACAUAUCAUGGAGGUCCUGGAGCUUAAUCAAGUGAAGGAUCGCGAUAUUUCUCUCUUGUCGGGUGGUGAACUUCAGCGUUUUGCAAUUGGCCUUGUUUGCGUUCAGCAGGCUGAUGUCUACAUGUUUGAUGAGCCUUCCUCUUAUUUGGACGUUAAACAGCGUCUCAGUGCCGCCCGUACCAUUCGGGAGCUGUUACGCCCCGACGAUUAUGUCAUUGUCGUUGAGCACGAUUUGUCAGUCCUGGAUUAUCUCUCCGACUUCAUCUGUGUACUUUAUGGUCGCCCCGCUGUCUAUGGUGUCGUCACUUUACCAUCCUCCGUUCGUGAAGGUAUAAAUAUUUUCCUUGAUGGCCAUAUCCCCACUGAAAAUCUUCGGUUCCGGGAGGAAUCCCUGACUUUUAGAAUUGCGGAGGCUGGUGACGACUUUAUUAUUGAUCAAGGCCGGGCUUUCAGCUAUCCUGCAAUGGAGAAGACACUUGGCUCUUUCCAUCUUCGCAUUGAAGCAGGCAAGUUCACAAAUUCUGAAAUUGUCGUCAUGAUGGGAGAAAAUGGGACGGGUAAAACGACGUUUUGCAAAAUGCUUGCUGGAGUCGAAAAGCCGGACGGCGGUAAAGCAGUUCCAGCAAUGAAUAUCAGCAUGAAACCACAGAAGAUCACUCCAAAGUUCCAAGGUACCGUUCGGCAGCUCUUUUUCAAGCGUAUCAAGGCAGCCUUCCUUUCCCCUCAGUUUCAAACCGAUGUUUACAAGCCUCUUAAACUCGACGAUUUUAUCGACCAAGAAGUCCAGAAUCUUUCCGGAGGAGAACUUCAGCGAGUGGCUAUCGUUCUGGCAUUGGGGAUUCCUGCAGAUAUCUAUCUAAUCGACGAGCCAAGCGCUUAUCUCGAUUCAGAGCAACGUAUUGUGGCUGCUCGAGUCAUCAAACGCUUCAUCAUGCACACCAAGAAGAGUGCAUUUAUCGUUGAGCACGAUUUCAUCAUGGCUACUUAUCUUGCUGACCGAGUAAUUGUUUUCGACGGCAAGCCAUCUGUGGACGCUAGGGCAAACCAGCCUGAAUCCCUUUUAACUGGCUGCAAUAAAUUCUUGAAGAAUUUGGAUGUUACUUUCCGACGCGACCCUAACAGCUACCGCCCACGAAUCAAUAAAGACAAGAGUCAGUUGGAUCAGGAACAGAAAUUGAAUGGAAAUUACUUCUUCCUUGAAGAUGAAAGUUGA